UCACGCUGCUAGAGCCGCACUCUUCAGGCUUUUCGUAUUUCUGAUGGUUUGCUCCCUCUCCGUGUCACUAUCAUAUGGCCCUCCGGUGUCGGUGAAGGUCGGUUCUCCUGCUUUGCUCACGUGUUCCACUCCAUGCCAUGGUGAUAUAAAGUGGGCUCUGUCGAAACAGCUGGAGGAGUUACUGGCUGCUUCGUGCGAGAAAGCGAUUUGUGUGGAAGGAGACGCGUUUCAGAACAGAACAAAGGUUAAGCAGGAAAACGCGUCUCUCCUGCUGGACCCUGCGGUGUACACUGAUACAGGAUGGUACAUCUGCUCCUGCAGUGGGUCAGUGCUGUGUGACGUCCAUCUAGAAGUGUUUGCCCCCGUUACCAUGAGUUCAUCUGUGGGAGAGAAGGUGACUCUGCCCUGCUACACCCACACUGACAAGAACACUGGCGGGAAUGCCGUCCUGAUGUGGUGGGAAAAGGACGGAAAACCGGUCGUGAAGCUUCAGCACGGGAAACUUUCCUACGGCUCAGGCUUUGAGCAGAGAGCAUCGGUUUCAGCGAGCAGAUAUAAAGAUGGUGACCUGUCCCUUGAUCUGACCCGGUUCAGGUCAUCUGAUGAGGGAGUAUACCGCUGUUUCCAUGGAAACAACGACCUGGGCUACCCUGAAGCUGUAAUUCUCAAAGCAUCUUCCACAAGACUGGAGCAAACAGUUCGGCCGUGGUGGGUUUCCUCACAGGUCUGGAUUUCAUCCACUUUACUGGCUCUUUUAUGUGCUGCUGUCUUCUUCUGGGUAUGGCAACGAAGCAGGCCACAGAGGCAGAGAACCAUUGUUAGUUCAAACACUCCUCGAUCAGAGAACAGGGAAACCCUUCUUGGAGCUUCGCCAUCAAAUAACACUGGCUGUGUUUACAUGCAACGAUUUUUCCCAAUCCGAUUCAACUCAUUCCGAUUAUAGAUUAAGACUGAGUCGUUUAUUCUCACUCUAUUCAACAAUCCGA